CUGUGCUUUCCCCACUUGGCUUAGAGGACGUACGGGUGCACCUUACAGUCCUCCGUGUCUCCGUGGCGCAGAACGGGAGGGUCAGCUCUCCGUCAGGGACGCGCUGUGCCCGGGUUCAGAGCAUCUGUCCCUGUCCGCUGAUCAAAUCCGUCCAGAACCAGGACCUCUUACCAGCUGUCAUUUGCUGCACUUUUAUCAAGCCGGCGGCGGUGUUUCUGGACUCUACUUCUCCCACUCAUGCCAGCUGAAUAAACUCAUCGAUCACCGAUUAAUUUGGGGAUAUCUGUCACGGCAGAUCUACUGAUUUUUACUUUGGAUACAAGUCGGAUCGGGGAUGGGGAUCCCAGUUUAGUACUGUGUCAGGAAUGCCCCAGACUGUGUGCUCAGGCACCAUGUUCACCACUUCCAGUGGUUUCAGCCCCCACCUGGCCUGCGCUGAGCCUGGGGAGGAGGAAGAGGACGGGGCCCCUCGGGAGGGCCCGGGGCCAGCAGCCUGUCUGGCUGACGGGCCUCCUAUCACCUCUGCUUCCCUGGAGACGCUGAUCCAGAACCUGGUGCCCACUGCGGACUAUUACCCCGAGAAAGCCUAUGUGUUUACCUUCUUGCUGAGCGCCCGUCUGUUCAUUCCUCCCUCGGAGCUGCUCUCCAGGGUGUGUGAGCUGUGUAUCAAGCAGCAGCAGCUGGACCAGAGCCCGCUCGAUACGGCUAAGGUACGCAAGUUUGGUCCCAAGAUCCUGCAGCUGCUGACAGAAUGGACGGAAACGUUCCCAUCAGACUUCAGGGACGAGAAGAUGGUCGGUCACCUCAAAGACAUCAUCCACAGGAUAGCUCCAUGUGAUGAGGCGUACUGGAAAACCCUGAACCAGAUGCUGCAGAAGCUGAGCCAGAGGCUGGCCCUGAUGAGCCAGGGGGAAGAGAGCAUCGUCAAAGUCUCCCUCAACGCCUCCUCCAUCUCCGACAAGCUCGUGGCUUUCAAGACCAAGCCCCCACCCAUCCAGAAGGACAUGCUCUCCAUCUGCAACGACCCCUACACGCUGGCCCAGCAGCUCACCCACGUGGAGCUGGAGCAUUUAAGCCAUAUUGGUCCGGAGGAGUUUGUCCAAGCCUUUGUUCAGAAAGACCCUCUGGAUGGAACACAGCAGCCAUCUUUCAGUGAGCAGAAGAAGAAAACCUCCAACCUUGAGGCCUACGUCAGAUGGUUCAACAGACUGUGUUACCUGGUAGCAACAGAAAUCUGCAUGCCAGCCAAGAAGAAGCAGAGAGCCACAGUGAUUGAGUUCUUCAUCGAUGUGGCCAGAGAGUGUUUCAACAUUGGCAACUUUAACUCCCUGAUGGCGAUCAUCUCUGGCAUGAACAUGACUCCUGUGUCACGACUGAAGAAGACCUGGAGCAAAACCAAAACUGCCAAAUUUUUUAUUCUUGAGCAUCAGAUGGAUCCCACAGGAAACUUUUAUAACUACAGGACCGCCCUGAGGGGAGCUGCCCAUCGCUCUCAGACUGCCAACAGCAACAGAGAAAGGAUUGUGAUUCCCUUCUUCAGCCUGCUGAUUAAAGACAUCUACUUCCUGAAUGAAGGCUGCGCAAACCGACUGCCCAACGGCCACGUCAACUUCGAGAAAUUUGUGGAGUUGGCUCGACAAGUUGGAGAGUUCAUGACGUGGAAACAGGUGGAGUGUCCGUUUGAGGAGGAUCGCGCCAUCCUGCACUACCUCCACACCGCUCCCAUCUUCAGCGAGGACGGACUCUACCUUGCAUCAUAUGAAAGUGAAAGUCCCGAGAACCAGGUGGAGAAGGACAGGUGGAAAGCACUCAGGUCGAAUGUUCUGGCAAAGACAUGAGGCGGGGUGGGAUCUAACCCUCCCACCACCAGACGAGGAGAUGUGUGUGUUCUCUUUGCACUAAACUGGACUGUGAAGGAACCUGAAGCUGGUACUUUGGUGUUUUAAUACAAAGAAACUUCAUCAAGAGCAAAAAAAAAAGAAGAAGAAAAUAAAGCGGAACAAACAUGAUGAACAGGAUUCAUCGAGAAGAAAAAAAAAAUGUUCAGAAAGGAAAAAAGUGAAAUGUUAAGCUACGAAAACUGGAAUAAACUGUCUCCUUUUGGAUACUAGCUA